AUGUCUGCGCCCACUACAUCGGACCCCAUACAGCAGAGUGGCACUUUGUCCAAGUCGCAGAAAAAGAAGAACAAGAAGAAAGCCGCUGCUGCGAACAAAGCGGACGGCACAGACAAAGUGAAUGGGGACCACGCCAGAAGCGACGCGGAGGAUCACGACGAAGACGCCGAGGAUGAGGCCGAACAGGCUAAGCCCGCCGCGCAUUCAGCCGACCCAGACGCCGACGACGUAGACGACGACCAACCGCCGCUGUCGCCGACCCUGCAGACAAACGGGACUCCACACCACAGCAUCUCGUCCGCGAUUGCGCUUGGACUGGCACGCUCACGCUCGCAACAAGGAAUCUCCGCGUCCCCGCCUCCUCCCUCAGAUGCCAGCGCACGCCUCGACGCGAUAGCCAAGGAGCGCGAUGCGCUACGCCAGGAAGUCACAGAGCUGAGGAAGAGUCUGGAGGAGGUCCAGAACAAGCAGAGCACAGGGACAUCAGACGAGUCACAUGCGAAUCAUGAGGAAGAGAUGCGGAGUUUGAGGGAGGAGCUGGAUGAGGCCAAUGAGGGCAAGGAGCACUUCGAGACACAGUACAAGAACCUGCUCGGCAGAGUCAAUACGAUCAAGACCAGUCUGGGCGAUCGGCUAAAGGCAGACGCGGCCAGAAUCGAGGAAUUCCAAUCGCACAUCGCCGACCUCGAGGAGCAAACCCGCGAGCUACAAGAGAACAACAACAGCCUGACCGAGGAACUCGCGAAGCUACGGCAAGAGAAGGAAGCCCAGGCAUCCGAGAUCGAGACCCUACGGAGCAGGUCGACUCUGUCGCAACAGAACUGGAUCAAGGAACGCGAUGAGCUGAUUUCACGAGAGGCAUACGCUAGGGAGGAGUUCGAGAACGCCAAACAAGCCAUGCAAGAUUGGGAAGUGUUGGCCAUGAACGAGCGAUCUCUGCGCGAGAACCUGGCUGAAAAAGACGCCGAGUUGCGAGACCAGUUGGAGUCGAUGCGGGAAGAGUACGAACGCGCUGCCAGGGAUAGGGACACCAAUAAUCAAGCUGUGGAGGGUCUGCAGAAGGCGCUGCAGGAAGUCCAAAACCUGCGAAAAGCCGAGCUCAAAAAGUCCGUCGAGACCUACGAAUCGCAGAUCAACGACCUGCGGAAACAAGUCCAAGCCGCGGAAUCAGCGUCCAACGCCGCCAAAGCGACUCUCGAGACCACCCAGAAAGACCUCGAGCGCGCCCUCCCCUUUGAAAAGGAAGUCAAGGAGAAGAACCUUCUCAUCGGCAAACUGCGCCACGAAGCCGUAACACUCAACGAACACCUCACAAAGGCGUUGAGGAUACUGAAAAAAGGACGGCCGGAGGAUAACGUCGAUCGACAGAUCAUCACAAACUACUUUUUGCAUUUCCUGAGUAUAGACCGGAGUGAUCCGAAGAAAUUCGAGGCGCUGCAGCUCAUCUCUGCGCUGCUGGGCUGGACAGAUGAGCAAAAAGAGCAAGCAGGUCUCGCUCGCCCCGGCACAUCAUCCAGCUCAACCGGCCUCCGCAUCCCGCUCUCCUCGCCCUUCAGACGAACGCCAUCGACGGCGUCGCUGAGCGCCGCUGCCGCAGACCCUAUGCUCAUGGCUAGUAGCUCGAGUAAUAAGGAGUCGUUGGCGGAGCUGUGGCAGGACUUCUUGGAGAGGGAGGCGGCGGAGGGCAAGGGCGAUGCGAGUAGGAGGGGGAGUACGGUUGGUUCGCCGCCUAUGGGUGCUAACGAGAAGAGGUAA